UGGCUGGUGAUGGUUUUUCAGCACCGCGGACAGCUCCUGUCUUUGGACUGCAGGAAAGCGACGCGCAAACGCAGCUGGAUGAUAUAAAAACCGACUCACAUCGAUCCAAAGAUUAACCCCGAGUUCACACCGCGAACACACAUCAUCUUCCUCCCUCCUUCCUCUUUUUCUUCCUCCUCCUUCCUUCUCCUCGGUGGUUGACUUGUUUCGUGUUGUGGCCUGACUGAGGAGCCCAACCUCGUUUAACUGCAUUGCCUCUGCGUCUUCUGUCCGUUGGCUCCCCCAUUCUCUUCCUGUCACUGGCAACCACAGCGUGCUGAAAGUGUUUUUGUCGCGGGGGGGCGGGGGGAGUGGAUGACCUGCUCCAAGUUUUUUUGUUUCUCUUUUCCCUUUCUUUUUGAAUAAUCUUUCCACUUGUGUCUCAUAUGUUUGUCUAGCUGCGCCUUCCAAUGACUAUGCUGAGGCGUGGGAUUUUCCUCGGGAGUGGAUGUGACUUUAGGAUGCAGGAGGAAGAUGAAGUUGAGUGGUAGUCGCUUCAUACUCUGAUACGAGACGGGAGACCUUGCAUCUGCAACGUUGGCUUGAAUCCUCAGAUCCAGAGUGGAUCAGGCGCGCUCGAUUUAUGUGGCCAACAGCCAGAGAGCAAGAUGAGGUGCCUCCGUGACUUUUUAAACUGCACCUAAAGGGACACAGGCUUGUUUUUUUGUUUUGUUUUGUUUGUUUGUUUGUUUUUUUGUUUACCCUGCUACUGCUGCAGGAAGAGACGUUUUAUUUUCUGUAGCUGCCUAAAGGAGUUGGGAUCUCGCACCGGAGUGGAUACUGGAGAACCAAAGACGAGUUGUUUUCUUCCUCUCUUACCCAAAGACGUACCAAAAGAAGCAUAGACAUGAAGAAGUUUCGGAAGGUGUUGGAUGGCUUGACCACCUCCUCUCCGGGAGUGACUAUUGGCUCCCCAUCGUGCGGCAGCGCGGCCGGGACUCCGACCGCGGCGCCAACUCCCAGGGAAAUCGACGUCCAAGAGACGCUAGUGUCGGAAAACUUUCAGCUGUGUAAGACGGUGCGUCAUGGUUUCCCUUACCAGCCCACUGCUUUGGCUUUUGAUCCUGUGCAGAAGAUCCUGGCAAUUGGCUCAAGAACAGGCGGUGUACGAAUACUGGGGCGACCAGGUGUGGACUGUUACUGUCAGCAUGAGAGCGGAGCAGCUGUUCUUCAACUGCAGUUCCUCAUCAAUGAGGGGGCGUUGGUCACAGCCUGUGCAGAUGACACGCUACACUUGUGGAAUCUGCGCCAAAGGCGGCCGGCGAUCCUGCAUUCACUCAAAUUCAACAGAGAGAGGAUCACAUUUUGCCACCUGCCCUUUCAGAGUAAAUGGCUGUAUGUGGGGACGGAGCGCGGAAACACACACAUCGUCAACAUCGAGUCCUUUAUUUUGUCUGGAUACGUCAUCAUGUGGAACAAGGCCAUAGAAUUAUCAACUAAAACUCACCCGGGGCCCGUGGUUCAUUUGAGCGACAGCCCAAAGGAUGAAGGCAAGCUUCUUAUAGGGUUUGAGAGUGGGACAGUUGUACAGUGGGACCUGCGGGUCAAGAAGGCCGACUUCAGAAUCUACUACGAUGAGGCCAUCCAUUCAGUCAGCUGGCACCAUGAAGGGAAGCAGUUCAUGUGCAGUCACUCAGACGGCAGCCUGACGAUGUGGAACCUAAGAAAUACCACCAAGCCAUUCCAGGUCACCUUCCCUCAUGGAAAAAUACAGAAGGACGGGAGGAAGGAGUCAUGUAAACCUAUACUCAAAGUGGAGUACAAGACGUCAAGAAACAGUGAGCCGUUUGUUAUCUUCUCCGGGGGUCUUUCAUAUGACAAGGCAGGACGGCGGCCAACACUAACCAUCAUGCAUGGCAAGGCCAUCACUGUGCUGGAGAUGGACUAUCCUAUCGUAGAGUUCAUGGUGCUCUGUGAGACUCCUUACAACAACGAGGUCCAGGAGCCUUACGCGGUGGUGGUGCUUUUGGAGAAGGACUUAAUCGUGGUGGAUCUGACGCAGAGCAACUUCCCUGUCUUUGAGAACCCCUACCCCAUGGACGUCCACGAGUCUCCUGUUACCUGCACAGCGUAUUUUGCAGACUGUCCCCCAGACAUCAUCCCCAUCCUCUACUCUAUAGGAGCAAAACACAAGAAGACCGGCUACAGCCAAAAGGAGUGGCCAAUCACUGGAGGAACGUGGACAUUGGGCUCCCACACGUAUCCAGAGAUCAUCAUCACAGGACACGCUGACGGUUCCAUUAAGUUUUGGGAUGCAUCUGCAAUCACACUGCAGAUGCUGUACAAGCUGAAGACCUCCAAAGUGUUCGAGAAGCCAAAGCCAGGCGAGGGCCGGGCGGCUGACUUGGUGGAAGAAGACCCCUUUGCCGUUCAGAUGGUCAGCUGGUGCCCCCAGAGCCGCAUCUUCUGCGUAGUUGGCAUCUCAGCUCACAUCAUCCUGUAUCGCUUCAGCAAAUAUGACGCCAACACUCAGAUAGUGUCCCUGGAGGUACGCUUGCAGUGUGAGGCAGAGGACGUUAUCUCUCCAUCGGAGAAUGAAAACAAUCCCUGCUUCUCAGAACCCAGCUCCCACUCACCCCAACUCCACCACCAACACCCAGUCAGCCCUGGCAACCGGACCCCGGAGGGAUCCAAAGACAGUGUCCCCUGCCUCAAGGUGAAGGACCGGGUGGUCCGGGUUCCUCCUGGGUACCAGUCAGAGCUGGUCAUCCAGCUGUUGUGGGUAGAUGGAGAACCUCCACAACAGAUCACCAGCCUGGAUAUCAACUCUGCAUAUGGCCUCUUGGCGUUUGGAAACUGUAACGGCCUAGCGGUGGUGGACUACUUGCAGAAAACCAUCUUGUUGUGUAUGUCGACACUGGAUCUGUACGGAGCCUCCGAUCCCUACCAGCGCCUUACCCGUUCCCCCCGCAGGAACAGACAGUCCACCUCAGAGUUUUGCAUGCGCGGCCUGUCUAACUUUUAUUCAGAUUCAAAGAAAAGGAUCCGUACAUCCUAUCAGAGCCUUACUGAACUCACCGACAACCAGCAAUCCAUUGACAUGGAGAGAAGCAAGUCGCCCACUUCAGUCUGUGUCUGUUCUGUUGGAUCUCCUGUUCCAGUUCAUUACCCAACCUCCCUUCACAAUGACCCACGCGUCCUGCCAGAGCCCGUGGCCAGUCUGAGAGCCAGCCACUGCAGUCCAGUCUUUUACUUACUGGACAAUGUAAAGGGACCCGGCAGAAAGUUAAGUCUGCCAACAGAUCUUAAGACUGAUCUUGAUCAUGUCAAUGGACAUUGCACUAGCCCCACCUCCCAGCCCUGCUCGGCGGGGAAGCCUCGCAUACCGAUGGGUCCCGAGGGGCCACGGCUUACCCGCAGAGGCCCUGGCCGACCGCCCUUCCGCAAGGCCCAGUCCGCUGCUUGCAUGGAGAUCUCUUUGCCUGUGUCCCACACUGAAGGGCAUGCGUCCAGGAGGGCAAUGCUUCAGCAGUUGCACGGAGUCACUAUGUACUCCCACGACGAGCACCACAGCGCCGCCUCCUACUGCUGGAGUGAGAGAGAGAGUCGUGAAAACUCCUUCAGCCGCUCGCGCAGCUCCAGCGUGUCCAGCAUUGACCGGGACACCAAAGAGGCCAUCACCACGCUGCAGUUUGGAGAGUCCUAUGGGCGCAAGAGUGACGCCCUGCCCACCCCGUGUCUGUGGGUGGGCACUAGCUUAGGCGUGGCCUUGCUCAUCCCGAUGUCCAUUCCCACCGACCAGGAGGAGAGGAUGGAGGAACCGGUCACCAUCGGCCCUAGCGGAGCUGUCCAAAUGCUGAAGGGCUCUGUGCUGCGCUUUGGUUUCUUGGACUGCAUGGGAGGCAUCAUUCAGAGCCCCUAUGAGGUCUGGAAGGACCCCAACGCCCCCGAGGACCCCGACCGACCGCGGAGGCGGAAGCUGGUCCACUUUUCCCCGUCGUCGUCCCAGGACGCCUACGGAGAGGGACACUUGGCCGUGGUGUGCUCUGAGAGGCAGGCCAAAAUAUUCCUGAUGCCCUCGCAGUCCUGCCUCUACGUCCACAACAUCACAGAGUCGUCCUUUGUGCUGCGAGCCGAUGUGGUGUCUGUGAGCAACAGCGUGUGCCUGGCCUGCUUCUGUGCUAAUGGACAUGUCAUGACGCUCAGUCUGCCCAGUUUAAGACCACUGAUGGAUGUCAAUUACCUGCCUCUGACAGACAUGCGCAUUGCGAGAACCUUUUGCUUCACCAAUGGGGGGCAGGCUCUAUACCUCAGCUCCCCCACAGAGAUCCAGAGAAUCACGUACAGCCAAGAGAUGUGCGACAACCUGCAGGAAAUGCUGGGAGAGCUGUUUACACCAAUAGAAACACCAGAGGCCCAGAACAGAGGAUUUUUAAAGGGCUUCUUCGGAGGAAAUGCCCAAACGUUCGACCGAGAAGAGCUCUUUGGCGAGGCGGCAGCUGGGAAGGCUUCUCGGAGUCUGGCGCAGCACAUCCCCGGUCAGGGAGGGAUGGAGGGCAUGAAGGUGGCAGCCAGCGGGGUGGUGGGUGACCUGGCACGGGCCCGCAUCGCCCUGGACGAGAGAGGCCAAAGGCUGGGAGAGCUGGAGGAACGGACCGCCCUGAUGAUGACCAGUGCAGAAACCUUCUCCAAACACGCUCAUGAGCUGAUGCUGAAGUGCAAGGACAAGAAGUGGUACCAGUUCUAAUAGCAGAAGAAAAAGGCUGAGGCCGCCCACGGCCGGAGCUUUGUGCCGCGACAGGACUUUCACUUUCAAAAUGAAAGCAAUUAACAGAUGGACACGAGAGUGACUUUGUUUUUACAGCUUCUGGACUGGCUACAUGUACAGCACUGUCACAUUGGUGAAUAACGAGGACGGGCUAGUUCCUUGACGUGCAGUGUUAAGGACAGAGAGGGGAUGGCGGCAUUGGAAGGUCUGAAGAUGGAACUGGUGAUGUGUCUGUGUGUGUGUCUGCGUGUGUGUGUGUGUGUGUGUGUUUGCGUGUGUGGGAGCUUGUGUUGUUGGGUUUUCUGGACCUUACUGUGUAGAUACUCAAACGUUAAGAAACCAACAAGAAAUGCAUGAAACAACAAUGGAUGACUAUUAAAAAUAUACAACUGCCAUAUUAAAAAGCAGCAUGCUACUUUAACAGGAGAUUCAAAAAUUACAAAAAAAAAGUUUUAUUUAUGAUGUAAGCCAACGUCGGGAACUAUGAAAAACUUUAUAUUUUUUGAGAUAUUGACAAAAAAAAAUCUAUAUAUAAAAAGGGAAAUGUAUACCUGCAUUGCUAUUAAGCCAAAACUUGUGUUACUUUCCCUUUUUUUUUUUUUUUUUAAUUCUUCCUUUUUAGGUUGUUUUUUUCUUAGUCUCAGCAACUAUUACUUGACACAAUAUAAAUGCACAUAGUUAACUUUAUCUUACACACACUUAGAAUAAUGCUAAACUUUGUUCUCAAUUACUCUGGGCUGCACAGUGCAAAUAUAAAUGAGUAGUAUUAACACUUAACUCUGCACAGUCUUAUCACACUGAUCUAUUUUCACUUUUCAGCUGCUGCUGCUGCUGCUUGUAAAAGCAUUAAAUGACAACGAGGGAACAUCCCAUUCCCUGAACUACAGUUGUAUGAAAACAGAGACUGGAGAGAUUGGUGUGAGGCAUAUGCAGAGGGAUGGAGAGAUAGAAGUGUAUUCUGAACAGUGUGUUUAUAUAAUAAACCUAUUCAUGUGCCAUAAAUCCAAGACGGAUGAAUAUCACCACUCACUGCAAACUAACCAAGAGCCAAUCAGUGGUAGACAUCGCAGGAUUCCUGCUGAUAGGAGCAGAUGAUGCUUGGCCAUUAGAGGGCAUUUAUCGAAGUUUCUUUACCAUAAAACAAACAUCCGAGGGUGUGCUUUAUAUUUGUUUUCACUGGAUCAACGUCGGAGUCUUCAGCUGCCUUUGUCAGACAUACAAGUUUUAGUGAGCCAGUAGAUUGUCUGUGUGUGCGGGAGUGAGAGCGAGACUCUUUCUCUGCUUAAGCAAUCAAACGUGAAUGAUACCCUCGCAUCUCUCUCCGCCUCAGUCCCGUGCUUCGUGAAUCUUUAAACUGGAGGAGUCCUCUGUUCGCAGACGGUACUCGUAGCGAUUGUCUUUGUGACGCGAACCCGAAAGGAGUUAGAAUCACAUGUUUAAUCUCGGCGCUCUCCCUCGGGAGAUGUUAAUCGGUAAAAGGUUCAGGAGAAGUAACAGUAUUUUAUUUUAUAUAUUUUUUUUUUUUUAGUGAUGUUCAGAUGUUGAGUCAGUGAAGAAACUGUACAUGUGUAAAACAUUUGCAACGAUUUCAACCGAAGGUUUUUUCUUUUUCAAUAUCGUUCUUGAUGACUAUGAUAUCCUUGUGUCGCAGUCCUAUAUUUGAUGGUUAUGGCCUCUUAACUGAGGCCUCUUGUAUUUUAAAAACAACAAAAUGUUUCAUGAUACAUGGUCGUGUAUCAUAUUGUGAUCGUGUUGUCUGUCAGUGUGUAGCCACACGACACAAGCAAACAGCAUUAAGUGAGGAGGAUAUUUUGUACUUGUGUAUUUGUCUGUACUUUGAACUGAUCUGAAAAAUCAAUCAGAGGAUUAUCGGUGUCCAUCUCUCACACAUUAGACCACGUAUGAAGUAAUGCGCCUUGACCGUGUUGACAUCACUCCAACGCAAAAUAUGCACAGUGACACUCGAAGGCUAAAAACUAAACGGACAGAAGUGCAUCCGCAUUGUUAAACAUGUCUGCCUGAGAUAUUGCUCGGGCUAAAAUGGCCUUCAUACACAUUUCUUUUAACAUGCUUCGCCUGGAAAGACGUGGAUUUCAGGAAUUACACACGAUCUGAUUCAAAUGGGUGUCUUAAACAUGUCAACAAAAAAAUAACAAUAUUACAUUUCUCUCCUAUCCCUGUACCGUCAAUGAGAUUUGUGUUAAGUGCAGUUCUUUCAGUGGCAGAGAAAACAAUCAAAAAAGCAAAAAACAAAAAUCAAAAUAAUAUUAAAAAAAAAAAUCUGACUUCUGCUGACAGGGUGUUUUGUUAGUAUGUUUUUGGUUUGUAUGUUUUCAGUUUUUAUAUUAACUGUACAGUUCAAUCUUGGGUGAAAGGUGAAUCAAAAUAAACAACAAAAAAAAAUAUAUAACUAAAACUGAUACUGUAUUUUCUCUGUAUAUGUUGUACCUGUUACUGCUGGUACUGUAUCUGGUAUCCUGGCUCUGUCUCAAUCACUGGAACUAUGUAGUAGUUCUUCACACUGUAGUAUGCUGAAAAUGGCAUUUAUUUUGGUUUUCUCAAUGAUGGCAGCAAAGUUUGUCUUAUUUAAAUGGAUUCUACCACUUUUUGUUCUUCUUGAUAUUAUACUAGUGUACUAGAAAUUACUUGACAAAAAAAAAAAAAAGAUCUGAAAAUAUGUUGAUGCAAAAGCAAACUGAAAUAAACAUUGAUUGAUGUA